UAAAUUGACAAUACGCGACAGCAGAAGAUGGUCGUCGUCUAUUCGCAUUUAACGCACGUUUACCAUCAAACAACCAGAACCAGGGGAAAAAAGGAAAAAAAAAAAACUCGCCAAGACAAAAAUAAUUGACAAUACGCGACGCAGAACAAAAACAACACAGUAACAAUAAAUAAUAAUCAAUCACAUCAUCAAUUUUCCAUUUCCCAACCUCUCUCUCUCUCUCGAUGUCUCCGCUUAUCGUGUUUUCAAAAAAACACUUCUAAAACAAAAUAAAAACAGAUUCCACACACUCUCAUAUAUUUCCGGAUCUUCUCCAAAUUCCCUCUUUCGACAAAAGAACUUUCUUUUUCUUUUUUUUUUUUUUGGUUAAGAAAUUUGUAAUUUUUCCUUUUAAGAAAACCGCUUUAAUUUGGUUUCGAGAUGAGCACAGGAGAGCUUCUUAGCAUCGACCCUUUAGAGCUCAAAUUUCCAUUCGAAUUGAAGAAGCAGAUCUCUUGUUCUCUUCAAUUAUCAAAUAAAACUGAUAGUUAUGUUGCUUUCAAGGUCAAGACAACAAAUCCAAAGAAGUAUUGUGUUCGACCAAAUGCUGGGAUCGUGUUGCCUCGCUCCACCUGUGAUGUUAUAGUUACAAUGCAAGCACAAAAGGAGGCUCCUCCUGAUUUGCAAUGCAAGGAUAAGUUCUUGCUUCAGAGUGUCAAAACACAUGAUGGUGCAAGUGCAAAGGAUAUCAAUGCAGAAAUGUUCAAUAAGGAGGCUGGGCAUGUUGUUGAAGAAUGCAAAUUGAGAGUGCUUUAUGUUUCUCCACCUCAACCCCCUUCUCCUGUUCCAGAAGGGUCUGAGGAAGAGUCUUCCCCAAGAGGUUCUGUGUCGGACAAUGGGAAUGUAACUGGUUCUGAGUUUUCAAAUGCUGCCAAAGCAUUUGGCGAGCGGUUUGAAACUCAAGACAAAUCUUCAGAGGCAAAAUCUCUUAUUUCAAAGCUGAACGAGGAAAAAAAUAAUGCAAUUCAACAAAAUAACAAGCUUCAUCAGGAACUGGAACUCCUAAAGCGCGAAGGGAACAAAAACCGUGCGGGUGUCUCAUUUAUUUUUGUCAUAUUUGUUGGCUUGCUUGGCAUAAUUUUGGGGUAUCUCAUGAAGAAGUAGCAAGCAACUGUCUCAUACACGGCCAUAAUUUCCCUCUUUAUUUCCUUUCCAUCACCAAUCAAAGAAUGAUGAUGAAAGGCAAAGAAACUAAUGACCAUAGCAUGGUGCAUCUUCUUAGUUAGCUUUUAUGGAAUUAGCCAACUUGUUUAGGUCAGGUGAUGUGUUUGUAGUUGAUGUUGAUGGAGAGCAUUUCAAACGACUUGUGCUUUGAUUGACAUGCAUUCUUUUUGUAACUUGAGAUGACCUCUUUUCUUUUUUUCCCCUGAUAUUAAUUUUUUUUUUUUGUGCUUCAUUUUGAGAGAUUCUGGUAUUAUUGAUACCAAAGACUUAAUAAUCUAAAUGACUCCACUAUGCUGGAAAUUAGUUUUGA